AUGACUCCUCGAUUAAAUAUUCCACCCUUCACGCGCGGUAUCUUGACUGCAAUCUGUGCUCUAUCAUUUCUCUAUGGUGUCGCUCGAUGGCGACAAUUCGGCCAAGUUCCUGACCCUCCUCCAGUAGCCUAUCUUGUGCUUGUACCUGCCCGAGUUCUUUACUAUCCCUGGACACUCUUAUGCUCGACUUUUGUCGAACAAAACAUCUUCACUGCCAUUAUUAGCGGAGCAACGAUCUUUUAUGGUGGAAAAUACUUAGAGCGAUCAUGGAGCUCUACUGAGUUUGCCAAAUUCGUCUUUGUGAUCACCCUUUUGUCUAAUACGGCUGUGGUAUUUCUGUACCUCAUCGGAUCUGCUAUUACAGGACAGCCAAGUAUUGCUGGAAAAACUAUAUGUGGGGGAGUGGCAAUUCAAGCAGGUUUCCUCGUAGCAUUCAAACAGCUAGUUCCUGAACACACGGUCACCAUUCUCCGAGGCAUUGUCAAGAUGCGGGUUAAACACUUUCCUGCCAUAUUUCUUGUUUUAAACGCUAUUGGUGCGAUAGUCGUGGGCACUUACGCUAUGUUCAACUUGAGUUGGCUUGGAUUUCUUAUUGGGUGGACUUAUCUCCGAUUCUACAAGUAUCAGCCGGACCUCUCGGGCACCUCUACAAACUCUCUUGGAAUCAAGGGUGACGCGAGUGAGACAUUUGCCUUCGCGUGCUUCUUUCCAGACGUUAUCCAAUUGCCUAUUUCUUUUGCUGCAGAUAGAAUAUAUUCUCUGUUUGUUGCUCUUCGGAUCUGCGUCCCAUUUUCAGCCGAGGACAUCGCCUCCGGCAACGAGCAAGCCAUUGCACGAGGAGAAGCUGGACUACCUAGCCUUUUCAAUCCCACCGGAAGGCAAGAAAUACGUUCAAUGGCGAAGAGGGAGGAGGCAGAAAGACGCCGAGCGUUAGCCCUCAAAGCCCUCGACCAAAGGCUUCAGGCCGCAAGUGCGAGCCGAAUUCAACAGACCCCAGCCGUUUCACCAUCGCCGCAACUUUCGCAAUCGCAAUCAUCAAUACCAGUCGUUCGUCCUGGCCAGAACAUGCUAGGGGAGACAAGCUAUAACCCUGACAGAGUAUAG